CAAAAAAAAAAAAAACGAAGUAUGCAGAAGAGAGAGCAGGGUAAAUCAUGUGGUGCGGCGGCUGGCAACGGCACGCCACCACCGAAGAGAGGCCGACCAUUUGGAAGCACAGCUGCUAGCGUAGCCUCCGCCUCCGCCGCUGAUUCAGUGGCUCCGUCCACUCUCCUCGGUCCUUCCCUCCAAGUCCACAACUCCUUCUCUGUAGAACAGAACAAUAAAAGGAUAGUUCUAGCGCUUCAAAGUGGGUUGAAGAGUGAGUUAACUUGGGCUUUGAACACACUCACAUUGCUCUCUUUCAAAGAGAAAGACGAUAUCCGUAAAGAUGCCUGCUUGGCCAAAAUUCCGGGCUUGCUCGAUGCUCUUCUUCAAAUUAUAGACGAUUGGCGUGAUAUAGCACUGCCUAAGGAACAUAGAAAGGGACACAGGGCUAGAACAUUGGGUGCAAAUUCUGUUGUAACAGGAUUUGGCAAUGAGUAUGAGGCAUUGGGAUCGAAUACCUUGCUGCCGCAGUCUGGUUUGGGGUCAGGUUCUUCUGCUGCUGAAAUACCUGGGCAAAAGAAUACAAGCAAACGCCGUCGUUCGGAGUGGUGGCUUGAUGAAGAUGGUUUAUUUAAUCUGGAUGAUGAGGGUCGAGCAGAGAAACAGCAGUGUGCUGUUGCGGCUUCUAACAUUAUACGCAACUUUUCUUUCAUGCCAGAGAAUGAAAUUGCCAUGGCUCAACAUCGGCAUUGCUUGGAAACUGUUUUUCAGUGUAUAGAAGAUCACAUCAUAGAGGAUGAGGAGCUCGUCACAAAUGCUAUUGAGACAAUUGUAAAUUUGGCCCCCUUGCUUGACCUUCGAAUUUUUAGUUCUCCAAAGCCAUCUUACAUUAAAAUAACAGAAAAAAGUGCAGUUCAAGCUAUAAUGGGGAUGCUAGGAUCUCCCGUCAAAGCCUGGCACUGUGCGGCUUCAGAAUUUCUUGGGCGCAUGAUUAUAAACCCCGAUAAUGAACCUCUCUUCCUCCCUUUUGUUCCCCAGAUGUACAAGCGAUUGGUAGAUAUUUUGAGCUUGCAAGCAUUUGAUGCACAAGCUGCUGCCAUUGGUGCACUCUAUAACCUUGUUGAUGUCAACAUGGACUGCAGGUUGAAGCUAGCUAGUGAGAGAUGGGCUGUUGAUCGUAUGCUGAAAGUGAUCAAGACACCACAUCCAGUGCCAGAAGUCUGCCGGAAAGCUGCAAUGAUAAUAGAGCACCUUGCAUCUGAUCCUCAGAACCGGAUUUCGCUGCUAGCUUAUGAAAAUUCUUUUGCUGAGAUACUCUUUUCAGAUGGUAGACAUUCUGAUACCUUUGCGAGAAUUUUGUUUGAACUGACUUCAAAACCAAACAACAAAAUUGCAGCAGUGCGUGGAAUUUGGGGCAUGUAAUCAAGACCCUACAAUUUCGAUGGUUCAACUCUAAUUGACUGUUCUAUCUGGACAUGACCUCAGCUAACUGCUGUGAACGAGCUGUAGAAAGGUUUUGCCUUGUCAAAAUGUUGCUUGUAGUUUUGAAUUGGUCUUACAAGUUUUAAACCUAAUGAAGCUACCUAUAGUCUUUGGUGUAUGUGUAGCAUUGCCAUGCCUGAGUUAACUAAGUUGUGCUAACUGAGUUGAUCAGUUCGCGAGCAGCUUGAGUUUAACUAGGUCAAAACUUGGUCAAUGUUUGACUCUGCUCAAACUUGAGCUUGAUUCGAGAUCUUAAUGAGUUGAGUCGGACAAGACUCGACUCGAUAAGUUUGCGAGUAACUCGUUAAUUUUUUAAUAUAUCUAUAAUUAAUUAUGCAUUAUUAAACUUUUUUUAAGAAUGAUAUAUGUUAGUUUAGUGUGUUUAUGGAUUGUUACUUUUGUUGUAAUAUGGUGGUUUGGUAUAUUUGUGGAUUAUUAUUUUGGAGUUAAGACUUUGAAAUUGUUUCA